GUUGCGUUUGGCGUCGACUCCGUCGCAGUCUUUACGUUUUCUUUGAACCCAUAGAUACGAGAUCCCACUACUUCCUCUCUUCCAACCCGAAGAGGAGAAAUUACAGAGAGAGAGAGAGAGAGAGAGUGAGAGAGAGAAUGGAAGAUUGUAGGCCAUUGGGUUUCUUGCUGGGAUUACCUUUCGCAAUGGUGGCAUUGAUUUUAUCACUGGUGGGUGCAGUUAUCUGGAUUUUUGGGUCUGUGCUGAGUUGUUUUUGCCCAUGUUGCAUAUGUUGUACUGGACUUGCGAAUAUGGCGGUGGGUCUGGUGAAGCUUCCUGUGAAAGUGCUUAGAUGGUUCAUUGAAAAGAUCCCUUGUUAGACUUGAUCUUCUAUUCUUUUUUUCUUUCAUUCUUAAACUUAAUUGUUCAGAUAUUCAUAAUUAAUGCUUGAUUAGUUUUUAAUUUUUAAUUUUUUUCAAACGGGUUAACUCUAUUUCGUUAUGUGAUUUAUGGUCAAAUUAAUAUUUAGAGAUACAUGGAUA